AUGACCACCGCAUUCAAGGAUCGCAAUUUGUUGGCAGUGAUUGGGGACGAGGACACUAUUACAGGUCUUCUCUUGGCUGGCAUCGGCCAUGUCGAGCGGGGCAAGAAGAACUUCCUGGUCGUAGACUCCAAAACACAAGUAUCUGCCAUUGAAGCCACCUUCCAAGAGUACACCGAGCGGAAAGACAUUGCCAUCCUUCUCAUUAACCAGCAUGUCGCGGAGAAGAUCAGGCCUACUGUAGACAAGUACACCCAAGCCUUUCCCGCCUUGCUCGAGAUACCCUCCAAGGAUCAUCCAUACGAUCCCUCUAAAGACUCCAUACUCAAGCGCGUGCAAAAGCUUUUCGGUGACUAA